AUGGAUGACUUUGAGGGGUUCAAGGCUUCAGUGAAGAAAGUAACUGCAGAUGUGGUGGAAAUAGCAAGAGAACUAGAAUUAGAAGUGGAACGUGAAAAUGUGACUGGAUUGCUGCAAUCUCCUGACAAAACUUUCAUGGAUGAAGAGCUGCUUCUUACAGAUGAGCAAAGAAAAGGUGGCGGAGUGGGUCCCCAGGGCGCAGGGGUGGCGAGGACCCGGGAGGGGCGGAGCUUGGAAAGGGCGCGGUCCUGCCUCCCGCCCCGCCGGCCCGGAGCUCGGGGCACUGCGCCGGUCCCCGCGGGUGCGCUGAGGGGCGCUCUGCUAGCCCAGUGGUUAGCGAUGCUGCUGCUGCCGCCGCUGCUGCUGCUUCUGCUGCUGAAGGCGCCUAGGGGCUGCGGCGAGGGCGCGGCGGCGGUACUCCCCCCGGAGCGGGGCGUCGAGUGGCAAGAUAAAGGCAUUUUUGUUAUCCAAAGUGAGAGUCUGAAGACAUGCAUUCAAGCAGGCAAAUCUGGACUUACCCUGGAGAACUGCAAACAACCAAACAAGAAUAUGCUGUGGAAAUGGGUUUCAAAGCAGCGCCUCUUUAAUAUAGGAGGUAGUGGUUGCCUAGGUUUGAACUUAUCUAACCCAGAGCAGCCAUUGAACAUAUAUGAGUGUGAUUCUACCCACAUCUCCUUGAGGUGGCGCUGCAACAGGAAGAUGAUCAUGGGCCCACUCCAGUACAUGGUCCAGGUGAAGCACAACAACACCAUUGUGGCCUCAUGGAAAUAUCUUCAUAAGUGGAUUUCCUUUACAUCAGGUGGUGGAGGCAUUUGUGAAUAUCUGCAUAAAGAUAUGUAUACAAUUAAAGGGAAUGCCCACGGGAUGCCAUGUAUGUUUCCAUUCCAGUAUAACCGGCGAUGGCAUCAUGAGUGCACUCGGGAAGGUCGGGCCGAUGGUUUGCUGUGGUGUGCCACCACAAGCCACUAUGAACAAGAUGAGAUGUGGGGAUUCUGCCCAGAUCCCACUUCUGCAGAGGUAGGCUGUGAUGCUGUCUGGAAGAAGGACCUCCAUUCACACAUUUGCUACCAAUUCAACCUGUUUUCAUCUCUCUCUUGGAGUGAGGCACAUUCUUCAUGCCAGCUGCAAGGAGGUGCUUUACUAAGUAUUGAGGAUGAGACUGAAGAAAAUUUCAUAAGGAAGCAUUUAAGCGGUGAAGCAGUGGCAGUGUGGAUAGGUCUGAAUCAGCUGGAUGAAGAUGCAGGCUGGCAGUGGUCAGAUGGAACACCGCUCAGUUAUCUGAACUGGAGUCCAGACAUAAACUUUGAGCCAUUUGUUGAAUAUCACUGUGGGACAUUUAACUCAUUCAUGCCAAAUGCCUGGAAGAGUCGGGAUUGUGAGUCUGCCUUGCCUUAUGUAUGUAAAAAAUAUUUAAACCACACUGAUCACGAAGUAGUUGAAAAGGAUGUUUGGAAAUAUUAUGCUACACGCUGUGAGCCUGGCUGGAAUCCCUACCAUCGUAAUUGCUACAAACUACAGAAAAAAGAGAAGACCUGGAAUGAGGCUUUGCAUUCUUGUCAGUCUGAUAAUGGCGCAUUGACAAGCGUAGCUUCGCUAGCAGAGGUGGAGUUUCUUGUAACCCUCCUUGGAAAUGAAAAUGCAUCAGAAACAUGGAUUGGUUUGAGCAGCAGUAAAAUUCCAGUGUCCUUUGAAUGGUCUAAUGGCUCCUCAGUCACCUUUACUAAUUGGCACACACAUGAGCCCCAAAUUUUUCCAAAUAGAAGCCAGCUAUGUGUCUCAGCAGAGCACCCGGAGGGACACUGGAAAGUUAAAAAUUGUGAAGAAACACUUUUUUACAUUUGUAAAAAAGCAGGCCAUGUCCUUUCUGAUACCGAAUCAGGCUGUCAAGAGGGAUGGGAGAGACACAGUGGGUUCUGUUACAAAAUCGACACAGUCCUCCGAAGUUUUGACCAUGCAUCCAGUGGUUACUACUGUCCUCCUGCACUUGUAACCAUUACAAACAGGUUUGAACAGGCUUUUAUUACCAGUUUGAUCAGUAGUGUGGUAAAAACGAAAGACAGUUAUUUUUGGAUAGCUCUUCAAGACCAAAAUGGCACAGGAGAGUACACUUGGAAGGCAGCAGGGCAGAAGUCUGAGCCGGUGCAGUACACACACUGGAACGCACAUCAGCCGCGCUACAGUGGCGGCUGCGUUGUCAUGCGAGGAAGGAGUCCACCUGGUCGCUGGGAAGUGAAGGACUGCAGACAAUUUAAGGCAAUGUCCCUAUGCAAGCAGCCCCUUGAAAUUCGGGGAAAAAAUGAGCAUGAAGAGAGAUGGCCCUUUCACCCUUGCUAUCUGGGCUGGGAGUCGGAACCUGGUCUGGCCAGUUGCUUCAAGGUAUUUCAUAGUGAAAAAGUUCUGAUGAAAAGAACAUGGAGAGAAGCUGAAGCAUUUUGUGAAGAAUUUGGAGCUCAUCUUGCAAGCUUUGCGCACACUGAGGAAGAGAAUUUUGUGAAUGAGCUCUUACAUUCAAAAUUUAAUUGGACAGAAGAAAGGCAGUUCUGGAUUGGUUUUAAUAAAAGAAACCCGCAGAAUGCUGACUCUUGGGAGUGGUCUGAUGGGACUCCUGUCGUCUCUUCAUUUUUAGACAAUACUUAUUUUGGAGAAGAUGUAAGAAAUUGUGCUGUGUAUAAGGCAAACAAAAAGUUGCUGCCCUUGCAGUGUGGUUCCAAACGUGAAUGGAUAUGCAAAAUUCCAAGAGAUGUGAAACCCAAGAUUCCACAGUGGUACCGACAUGAUGAACCCUGGCUCUUUUAUCAGGAUACAGAAUACCUUUUUCAUACCUCUCCCUCGGAAUGGGCCUCCUUUGAGUUUGUCUGCAGUUGGCUGCACAGUGACCCUCUCACAAUUCAUUCUGCACGUGAACAAGAAUUUAUCCACAGCAAAAUAAAAGCGCUAUCAAAGUUUGGUGUAAACUGGUGGAUUGGACUUCGAGAAGAAAGAGCCAGUGAUGAAUUUCGCUGGAGAGAUGGAACACCAUUAAUAUACAAGAACUGGGACAAAGAAAGAGAAAGACCCGUGAAUAAUCAGAGCCAGAGAUGUGGCUUCAUUUCAUCCAUAACAGGACUCUGGGGCAGUGAAGAGUGUUCCGCUUCUAUGCCUAGUAUUUGUAAGCGAAAAAAGUUUUGGGUCAUAGAGAAAGAGAAAGAUACACCAAAACAACAUGGAAUGUGUCCGAAAGGAUGGCUGUAUUUUAACUAUAAGUGCCUUUUGGUGAAAAUCCCCAAAGAUCCAAACCAUCGGAAGAACUGGACAUCUGCUCAAAAUUUCUGUGUUGAAGAAGGGGGGACACUGGUCUCCAUUGAAAGUGAGGUGGAGCAAGCUUUCAUUACUAUGAAUCUUUUUGGCCAAACCACUAAUGUGUGGAUAGGGUUACAAAAUGAUGAUUAUGCAAAAUGGCUAAAUGGAAAGUCUGUAGUGUAUUCUAACUGGUCUCCAUUUGAUAUAAUAAAUAUUCCACGUCAUAAUACCACAGAAGUUCAAAAACACAUUCCUCUCUGUGCCUUGCUGUCAAGUAAUCCUAAUUUUCAUUUCACUGGAAAAUGGUAUUUUGAGGACUGUGGAAAAAAAGGUUAUGGGUUUGUUUGUGAAAAAAUGCAGGAUACUUCUGGACAUGAUGUAAAUACAUCUGAUAUGUAUCCAAUCCCCGAUACUUUAGAAUAUGGAAACAGGACUUACAAAGUAAUUAAUGCAAAUAUGACUUGGUAUACAGCAAUGAAAACCUGCCUGAUGCAUGGAGCAGAACUGGUUAGCAUUACAGACCAGUAUCACCAGUCCUUCCUGACAGUUAUCCUCAACCGGCUAGGACAUGCCCACUGGAUUGGACUGUUCACUGAAGAUAAUGGUCUUAAUUUUGACUGGUUUGAUGGCACCAAAUCCUCUUUCACUUAUUGGAAAGACGAGGAGUCAGCCUUCCUGGGUGACUGUGUUUUUGCCGACACCAGCGGACGCUGGAGCAGCACAGCCUGCGAGUCAUUUCUCCAAGGAGCCAUUUGUCAUGUGCCCACUGAGACAAGACCAUUUGAACACCAAGAGUUGUGCUCGGAGACAUCUAUUCCCUGGAUAAAAUUUAAAAGUAAUUGCUACAGUUUUUCUACAGUCCUAGACAGUAUGAGUUUUGAGGCUGCUCAUGAAUUUUGCAAAAAGGAAGGAUCUAACCUUUUAACAAUCAAAGAUGAGGCUGAAAAUACAUUUCUCCUAGAAGAGCUUGUAGAGUUUGGUUCUUCUGUCCAGAUGGUUUGGUUGAACGCUCAAUUUGAUACUAACAAUGACACCAUAAAGUGGUUUGAUGGAACUCCCACAGACCAGUCAAACUGGGGUGUUCGAGAACCAGAGAUGGAUCUCUUCAAACCCCAUCUGUGUGUUGCCCUGAGGAUCCCGGAGGGACUGUGGCAAUUAUCCCCAUGUCAAGAAAAAAAAGGCUUCAUAUGUAAAAUGGAGGCAGAUAUUCAUCCUCUACCAGAGCACCUAGGAGAAGGACCAAAUCACAGCGUUGUACCUCUUGCUGUAACGGUGACACUCACAGUAAUUCUGGCCGUUUCCGCACUUUCCUUCUGCAUGUACAAGCUGAAUGGUGGUUUCUUCAGGAGACUUGCAGGAUUUAGAAAUCCUUACUACCCUACAAGCAACUUCAGUACAGUGCAUUCAGAUGAGGAUAUCCUCAUUUCUGAUCUUGAGAAGAGUGAUCACUAAUAUUGAAAUCAGAGAAUGCUAAAGCCGAGAAGACAGUAAAGAAGAUCGUGAGGGGAAUCUUUUCCACAUUUCUCUGUGCAGACCAAAUACCAUUAUAAUAGGAAUUGUGUCACUAUUGUGAUGAUUAUUUAAGUGAUUAUUGAUUUUGAAUUCUGACAAAAUUAGGUGGGUUUUGAUUUAUUCAUUUCCCCAAACUGUAGCCCAUUCUUAAAGAGGAAACUCCACAAUGGUUGUUAUUCAGAAAGACAAGAACUAAAAAAGAAACCCCCUUUUUCAAAACUCUCAAACCAAUGUGAAUAAUAGUUUCUUCUGAAAUUUGCUUGGGAAAUUUCUAAACUAAUCUUGUACCUAUUCAGACAUUUACUUACACCCAUACCACUGAGAGAGAGAAGAAAAACAAAACAAAUUUUAAGCACCUACACGUAUUUAUGAAAGGAGAAGGAACAGCCAACUGUGAGGUGUCCUGUGUGUUGUGACUUCAAUCUUUUAAUACAUUCAUCAUUAAUAGCAGGGUUUGGAAAAUACUGAUUUCGAAGUUUAAAACUCAUAGGCUCUGGGCUCUAAAUUAAUAUUUAGGAUGACAUUUGCUUUUAUUAGGUCUGACUUCUCAAGCUAAAGGAGAAAAAAAAUUACCUCUCUUUAAAUAGUAAAGAACUUGGUUAGCAGAACACUUUCAUAAGCAACCUUUUGAGCUAAUUAAAAUGUGGCCUAAAACCUUCACGUUGCCUUUCUCUCAUUAAUUUUUUAAAAUGAGGUGGAUUUCUUUAAAAUCUAAAAUAAUUUAUACA